AUGACAAUAAGACGUAUAUUAACACCACUCAAGCAGCACGAUAUUCAAGUAACAACUACGAAGCCAAGAAACUAUGUAAAGCGAAAAACUAUCUGCACAAUCGUUGGAGAAGUUAAAGAUGUUGAUUUAAAUUACAUUUACGACGUCAAAAAUAGAAUGUUAGGCGAUGCAGAACUCAAACGUCUUUGGAGAAUCGUUAAUGCUCAUUUGCACUCAGAAGGACGGGAAAGUUUAUCGUAUCCAACUGAAUGGAUUUCAAGUUCGGAAUCUCAAAAAAUCCUUGAAUUAAUACAAUCUCUUUCGGCAUCAGUAAGGAGAAUUCGUGAUGUUACACAAACAGCGCAGUAUAACAAAGAAGGUUUGCUUUUGGAUCAAACAGCAGACUUGAAAGAGCAAAUCAGGAAGCUCGAAAGAAAGAUAAGCUACAAGCAACAGCAUCUGUCUGAAAUUGGAACUGAAAUUUCAAAAGAAAAACUUGAAAUUGGAAAAGAGAAGAAAAUGUUUAUCCAAAAGGAGAAACCGAAGUUAGCACAGAUUGCUAGACUGCAGAAGCGCUUAGAGAUCAUUGCAAAUCAAUAA